AUGAAUUCUAAUGACAAGCAGUCGAAAUCUGCACUGACACAGGUUGAAACUGAACUCAUGGACCGUGUCCAUUCGUAUUUUUCCAAUCAUGAUCCUGAAAGAUUUUAUUUCGUCUACGCGACUGAAACACCAUUCAGUAAUGUUCAUCCUUGUUCAAUCACUGAUAGAAAUCUCAAGUUUCAUUCAAGUGAACAAUAUAUGACGUGCCAGAAAGCGAGAGUGUUUAACGAUGAAAAUAUGGCUCGAAAAAUUCUCAGAGCUGAAACACCUGGCAAGUGUAAAGCAUUAGGACGUGCAGUGAAAAACUUCGAUCAACAAAUCUGGCAUGAAAAUCGUACGCGAAUUGUUUCUGAUGCAGCCUGCUUCAAAUUUACACAAAAUGAACAAUUGAAAUGA